UUGUUGCCAUGAGGACGGUGAAGCAACAGGGGAAACCAGAGCUGCAGCAACACGUUUUCUCCGGAGUUGAAAAUCUCAGCACGGGAGGAUGAAGCUCUCCCGUUAUAAUAUGUGUGUCUGUUUCUGUCACGUUGCAGGUUUCAUUUGGAUGUAUUUCUAAACAACAGACAAGGAGCUGACUGAUCAAAAAGAUUUACUCUGCUCUUUUCCAAUUCUCUUCUCUUGUGUCAACAAUAUAUCAAGAGACAAUUUCAGGAAGAAAAAAAAGGAAACACUUCCAAAUACGCUCUUGUGGGUUUUUUCCCCCCACAAAAUUGUGAAAAUGGAGCUAUCACAAUGACAAGCCCUCCAGACUGAAGAGACGGCCCCCAGAUGUUUGAGGGGAUUGCUCUCCACCAAUGGCUGUGCUGGGGAGCUCUCUACCUGCUGGCAGCGGGGGUGGCAUUAUCAUCUGAAACACGCCGGCCGUGUCCACAGUCCUGCCGCUGCAACCCCGUGCUGCUGGGGUUGAACUGCUCCGAUGGCCAACUCACCACAGUGCCCGACAGUCUGCCACAAAACACUAAACUACUAAACUUAACACACAAUAAGAUCAAGACUCUGGUGCACCAGCAGUUCCAGACUCUGACACAACUUUUAGACUUGGAUUUGAGUGAUAAUACUAUGGUGAUAAUUGAAGCCGAAGCAUUUCUUGGCUUGCAGAGUCUGGUAACUCUGCGUCUCGCUCGCAACCACCUGAAAAUUAUCCCUCUUGGAACGUUUGCUGGUUUGACAAAACUGGAGAAACUCGACAUAAGCGACAAUGAGAUCCUUGUUUUUCUAGAUUUUACUUUCCGUGACUUACCCGCUCUGCAGUUUAUUACAGCAACAGAUAAUGACAUAGUUUUUAUUUCUCAUCAAGCAUUUAGUGGCUUAAUAAGUCUGCAAGAGCUGCGCCUUGAUGGCUGCAACCUCACUGCUGUGCCCACAGAGGCGCUCACGCAGCUCGGCGGCCUGAGAAGUCUUCAUUUGCAGCGACUGGGCCUCACCACGCUGCCAAACUACUCUUUCCGUCAUCUAGAGCGCCUCAAGGAACUUGUUAUUUCUCACUGCCGCUGGCUGGAGACCCUGUCAGGAAAUAGUCUCUUUGGUCUAAAUCUUACAUCCCUAACUAUCACACACUGCAACCUCAGUGCUGUCCCCUACAUCCCUUUGCACCAUCUUGUAUAUCUGUCAUACCUUGACCUUUCUUUUAACCCAAUCACCCACAUUCAUGGGAACCUGCUUGGAGACCUGCUACGGCUCCAAGAGCUCCGUCUGGUGGGGGGAUCAUUGCUUCGUGUUGAAAUCGGAGCAUUCAGGGGUUUGGUGCAUCUCAAAUUGUUGAAUGUAUCUAGAAACCUUCUCACCACACUCGAGGCAGGAGCUUUCCAUUCAGUGGACUCCCUAAGAACUCUGGGACUCGACAACAACCCACUAGCGUGUGACUGCCGACUGCUGUGGGUUGUGCAAAGACGACUACAUGUGGACUUUGGUGGAAAUCCACCAACUUGCUCUACCUCUGUCCAGUUGCAGGGCUGGUAUUUUCUAGACUUUACUGAGGCCGAGCUGCCGGGCCUGCUCACAUGUCGACAGCCUCGUAUUCUGGAUCCCACAACUCGUGAAGUGAGAAUAGAUCAAGGACACACUGUGGUGCUUUAUUGCAAUGCAGAAGGUGACCCUCUGCCAUCUGUUACCUGGAUAAGCCCACAGCUAAAACCUCUAUCACCCAUCGGUAGAAUACGGGCUCUCUCUAAUGGCUCACUCGAGGUUCGCUAUGCCCAACCUCAAGACAGUGGCACUUAUCUCUGUGUGGCAUCUAAUGCUGCAGGAAAUGAUAGCCUGCCCGUCAGCCUUCAUGUUCAAGCCUUUCUAUCAUCUUCUAAAAAACCCUUUCGUCUUCAGGGAUGGUUCGCCUUUCCGUCUGCCUCCCCAGGUGUGAAUGAAAACCAGAAUGUCCCAUUCGACGUAAAGACAUUACUGGUAGCUGCAACCAUUGGGUUUCUCUCAUUUUUCAGCUCUGUGUGCCUGUGUUUCAUCUUCAUGUUCCUCUGGAGUAAGAGUAAAGGGCAAAUAAAGCACACUGCCACAAUCGCAUAUGUGCCACGAAGCGCCAUGUCAAGUAGUAAUGCAGGGAAAGGCAACAUGGAGACAAGCAGGUUCACCAUGAAACUAAUAUGAGUCAAAAACUAAAAAGCCUAUUUUCACUUGGUAUAACUUGGUACAUUCAAAUAUAAAAUGCUUCUUUCAAUUACAAUCACAAAAUUAAUUUCAUUUUACAGCAUGUAAAUUUGUGCAACGGACGCUGACUGUUGAUUCAUUCAUAAAAAUGUAAGCAUGUUAGCUUGUGCAAAAGUGAAAAGACAAGACAUGAAGUAAAGUCUGCAGAUAAGCCAUUCUGGAUAUUAAUAGGAGUUUAAGUUCAAUUUAAGGAACAUCAAACCUGAGGUAGAGGUAGACAUCACUGAUUAACUUUAUAUUUUAUAUUCUCUUUCAUGAGACGCUGUAACAAAGCCUGAAUGUUAAGCAGCCAAAGUAAGCAAUAUUAAAUGAGCAUAAUGCAUGUAAUAUGUAGAGAUGUUAAUUAUUCCAUUUAUUGCGUGUUGCUCAUAUUGCCUUUGUGAAUGUCUAUAUAUAUAUACUGUAGAAACAAUGUUUAAUUUGUUCAUUUGGUUCUAAAGACAGAUGGAACGGUAGACGUUUUAAAUGUAAUAUUUCUGUUGGACCUCAGAUGGUUGCUGUGUGAUAACUAGAAUAUAUAAAAUAAAUGCUAACCUUACAUUAAGGUUAAUGUACGCAAUACUUGCAUCUAUAUAGCAUGGCCUUCUGUUUUAAUUUGUAGUAGCCAACCAUUUAUUUUGUCACAUUUACUGCUGUACUCAUUAUUAAAUUAUAUUUCAAA